ACAAAAGAUGGCUUGCGAAGAAACUACUACUUGAGCACUGCUACUAGAAUUCAACGAAUAAGUAACAUAUCCUAUUUAAAAUUUAUUUUAACAAUAUGUAUGUUUUACUGUAGUGAAGGUUGAUAUCACUUUGCUUUGCAGAUGGCCACUGGAAUAUGUGAAAAGUGUGCACAACUGCUGAAGGACUUCGUUGUUUAUGUGAAGAGAUUGUCAUCUGAAUUUGUACAGAAGAUAACGGAUUGUAUAAAGGACCUGUCAAGAUGCAGCUGUCUGCGGAAGAAGAGAGCAACUUCUGCAUCCUAUAUCUCAGAGCAGCACGAGAGACAGGCUGCUCAUGCACUACUGAACCACCUGGACACAGGUAUUGGUAUUCUAAAUGGAUGUGUAGUUGUGCACACUAGUCUAACCAAAGUUUUAACUCCACUGCUCAAUCCAAUAUUGUAUUGUCUACAGGCAUUAAAUACAUAGCAUCAAGAAGUCAUGGGUCAGCGUUCAUUUAUUACACAUCAGUCAAACACACCUCAUUCAGUGUACUGUUUAAGGGUAAUUCUAAGUAGCUGAUUGUGUCAUGUUUUAUUUGAGACAGAUGGUUAUUAUAAAGCUUGCUAUACCAUUGUAAUAUUCUACUGUUUUGUCGCGGCUGUGCAGUACAGGUCUCCCAUCAGUUUAUCAAUGCUGUUGUAGUGAUAUGCUUUGUGACAGUUGUGACCAGUAUUAUGAAAAUGUCUGACCAAAUGUUUUCCAUGAGGGCAGGAAGAUAAAAAUGGAUUCCCCCUGUUACAUGGAGGCAGCCAAUAGGUCUGUAGGCAGAAAUAUAUCCUGUACAGCCUAUAACUACCUUUAGAGAGUUGAAAAUAAGGGAUAUGAUUGGUGACAUGAUUGCCUCUCAUCCUGUCUUGUUGCAGUGGAUUAUCCUCUACCUGUUGCUCUCCUGGAGCCAUACACAACCCUACUGCUCUCUAAUGAUCUGGAGGUACAGAGGAUCACCACUCGGUCUCUGGUUCAUCUGCUAGUGAAGAACAAAGGUAUGUACACACAGACACACACACAUGCACACGCACUGUCUCAAGGUCUAACACUGUACUAUUGUCUUCCAGUGAGUAAGGAGCAGGUGAUUGAGACAGGGUUGCUGAUGCCCCUACUAGAGAUGCUCCAGUCUGGGGACCCCACUGUCCAGUGUAACUCCUGUCAAUGUGUUGCCUCACUGGCCUCCUCAGGUUGGUGGACUAGUGUUUACGUUUGAUUUGAUUUGAACUAUAUUGAUCCCCAGAGGAAAAUUAGAUGUCACUGGCUGAGAGGUUACAACACCACUACACACGUCAACAUUACAACAUUAGUGCAACAAAGUGCUGGUGCUAUUGUCAAUGCAUUUCAUGUUUACAAUCGAUAGGAUCAGGUUUCUCUAAAUUUGCUUUCUCUGCAAACUGAUCUACUCUCAGAUAAGAAACUAAGCACAACAUGUAUGAUAUCCCUGCUGAAAGAUGAUCACGGCUUCAUUCUGGCUGGUUAAUGAAAGGUGAAAGGCAUGGCACAUAUGUGGGACGUCGUGUUCCAUUUGUUCUGUCAACAUUAUUUUCCAACCCAACAUUAUUUUCUAACCCAACAUUCUUUUCUAACUCAACAUUCUUUUCUAACUCAACAUUCUUUUCUAACUCAACAUUCUUUUCUAACUCAACAUUCUAUUCUAACCCAACAUGACUCUGUUGUCCAAACUAGACAUGACAUUUAAUCUGUUUUUUUGUUUGUUAUUGCCUCCCAUUUAUUUAGACUCAAACCGGGAAGCUAUCGUGUCAGCUGAUGGGGUGAUUCCACUACUGGUUUCAGCCAAGUCUUACGAUCCUCGAGUCCAACAGAAUGCAGUCUGGGCCCUUUUAAACCUCACACAGUCUGGUACGUCUGCACAGAACUAUGUCCACCAGUGCAUAAUGUACUUUACACCAUGUACUAUGCACACAUCUCAGGUUGCUGCCACAUUCUGGGUUGUUGCUGUGUGGAUAUGAACACAAUGGGUGGUGUUCAAAUGACACAUUAGCUGGUUUGUUGACAUUUCAAAACAAGUGACGCGUGUCAAUGUUAACCAUAGAGAUCAAUCAAGAAUAGAUGGAUAGAUUUAUUCAUGUGGUCCCAACAUUAAUUCAUAACCCUCAUAACUAAUUCCUAGACAAACUGUACGUCUCCAUAUCUGGCCAUUCUUUUGUCUGCCUUCUUUUACCUUUCCAUUAAUCUUGCAUUACAUUAGCCUUCAUUGCUGUACUUCUUUCUAGAGAGGACGAUGAGAGUGUUAUGUCAAGAAGGAGCCAUUCCUGUACUGGCACUUCUGUUGCAGUCCUCCAACUAUGAGGUCCAGGUAAAACAUCCACUGUCACUGUCACUGUCUCCUGCCCUCUAGCCAAAUAUUGCUGCUUUUAAACCACAUCAAAGUAUCUAUGUGCUGCAGUUUUUUAGUAUUUAUGUAUUUAUUUAAAACCGUUAUAGCAUGAUGACCAAGCGUGUACUUUUUUUGUCCCAGUGGUCUUCAGUCUGAACUUCUAUUAUGCUCUGAACUAAACUGAUAUUCUGUCUGUACUUUAGUUCUACAGCUGCUCUGCCCUGAGCAAUAUAGCCACUGUCCCGGACCAUCAUCCCAAGAUGUUGGGCAUUGGAGACCGUUUUCUGUUGAAGUCUCUACUGACACUCAUGUCCUCAUCAGUGCAGAAGGUAAUGGCUGGUCUUAAAGGGAUACUUCAAGAUUUUGGCAUUCAGGCCCUGUAUCUACUUACCCAGAGUCAGAUGAACUCAUGGAUACCAUUUAUAUGUCUCUGUGUCCAGUAUGAAGGAAGUUAGAGGUCGUUUCACGAGCCAACGCUAACUAGAGUUAGCACAAUGACUGGAAGUCUAUGGAUAUCUACUAGCAUGUCCAACAGAUGUUACACUCUUUCACAGUGAAAUGUUUUCUUACUCAACCUCAGCCCAAAUGUUUUGUAUUUUAUUUACAGAAUGCAUCCCAAGCUUGCAGAUGCCUCCAAAUCCUUUCAGGGAAUGGUAAUUAUAACGUUUAGCCGCAGAACACACUCUGUUUAACAUUUUAGGCACGUAUUCAACCCAGAUUGUACAGAGCCUUGUGGAUUGGAUGCAGUGUUGUGCUUUGUUUUGUAGUUGUGACCCAGGAGCAGCUGAUCCACUUGGACUGUGUGUUGCCUCUGAAGGCCCUACUGAGUUCCCCUACUCCUCCUCUGACUGAGUCUGCCAUAGCUCUACUGUCUGGGCUAGCCACACACCAACCCAAUAGAGUAAGACUUUUAAAACUAGAUGUUGAUUUGUUGCAGCAGUAGCCUCAAGGUGGUAGGAAGUAAGAGGUGGACUAGUAACUGGAGGGUUGUUGGUUCAAAUUCCAGGUUUGACAUAUCUGACAGGAUUCUAUCUAUUAUGUAAUGAUGAUAAUGGUGGUGAUUACAAUGGAUGUGUUAGCAAUCAGUAGUCCUUGUGUUUCCCUCUAGGAGGGCCUGGUGAGUGAGGGCCUGGUUCAGGUGAUAGGGCAGCUGCUCCUCUGUCACAGAUCCAGCUCCAUCAUCAACCACAGUGUUGUUAUCAUCACCAACCUGAGCAGCACCAGCGAGGGACAGCAGGUAAUAACAGCUGCCAUGUCACUCACUCAUUCACUCACUAGAAUAUGAGGCGCUGUUCCAAUGUCCAUAUUAUGUAGAAUGCAUGUCCAUAACAUUGCUUCAUUCUCACUGGUCUGCUAGUAUGGACAUUGGAAUGUAGAUGUGGUUUCCAUCUAUAUGUUCAGUCACAUGUUAACUUUUAGCAUCCCUAGAAUGGUACUUUUUAAGAUGAUUAUCCAGACUCUGACCUGGUCAUGUGAUGUCAUUGUAAAAACAUCAUAUGAAUGCAGUGAUUAUUGGAAGCCAUAUUAAAUGAAUUUUCAUUCAUAUGGACAUGUGAUGAUCAAGCCUUCUUGUGUUGUCUACAGGCUGUUAUGGACAGUGAGUGUUUAACAGGACUUCUCAAGGCCCUUGUGUCCAGUGUGACCUCAGAGGAGACCGUUCUGUGCGUCACUUCCUGUUUACAUCACCUGACAAGCUGGGGUGAGAAUACAAUUCAUAAGCCAGUUUAAUUUAUCUUAUGUCACCUCACCUCUAUUACAACUUUUGUCUUCCCUUUUCAGACUUACUUCAAUCUCAUUUGGCCACAAAGAUUACUCCUGAACAUGUUUCAAGUCUGGUGAAGUUCUCUGCACAAAUGGACAAUCCAGAGUUGUCCUAUAGGUCUGCUUCCAUCAUCAGCAAACUAAAGAUGAACGGUAAUAUGCAUGUAUUUUGUUUGUUGUCUAGUCCCUUUAUUUUAUCUGUGACUAGCACAAAGAUUGAUAGUGUAAUACUAUCAAUAAUACAUAUAUUUUCUCUUAAAUGCUAUACUGUGUCUGUAUAAGCAAGAUUGUUCCAUAUGUGCUCAUACAGAUGUAAGAUCUUGAUUUGAUCACUCUUUUGUUGCUGGAAAUGAAGAUGAGCUUUGUGAUGUACAUAAAUUCCCUGAAAGCCCACACUUACACAUGGUUAUAUUAACAGUAUUGCACUUUUCAUGUAAUUGCUAAAAGCCUAACCACCGAUCAAGUAACAUUAUGGACUAAGCAUUCAAAUCCUGUUGCUGCAGGAUUAUUUUGCUUUGACAAUAUAGGUCACAUUAAGAUCCUACAUCUGUACAUGCGUUUUUCUUGUUGCUCAUAUACAGUGAGGGGAAAAAAGUAUUUGAUCCCCUGCUGAUUUUGUACAUUUGCCCACUGACAAAGACAUGAUCAGUCUAUAAUUUAAUGGUAGGUUUAUUUGAACAGUGAGAGACAGAAUAACAACAAAAAAAUCCAGAAAAACGCAUGUAAGAAAUGUUAUAAAUUGAUUUGCAUUUUAAUGAGGGAAAUAAGUAUUUGACCCCUCUGCAAAACAUGACUUAGUACUUGGUGGCAAAACCCUUGUUGGCAAUCACAGAGGUCAGACGUUUCUUGUAGUUGGCCACCAGGUUUGCACACAUCUCAGGAGGGAUUUUGUUCCACUCCUCUUUGCAGAUCUUCUCCAAGUCAUUAAGGUUUCGAGGCUGACGUUUGGCAACUCGAACCUUCAGCUCCAUCCACAGAUUUUCUAUGGGUUUAAGGUCUGGAGACUGGCUAGGCCACUCCAGGACCUUAAUGUGCUUCUUCUUGAGCCACUCCUUUGUUGCCUUGGCCGUGUGUUUUGGGUCAUUGUCAUGCUGGAAUACCCAUCCACGACCCAUUUUCAAUGCCCUGGCUGCGGGAAGGAGGUUCUCACCCAAGAUUUGACGGUACAUGGUCCCGUCCAUCGUCCCUUUGAUGCGGUGAAGUUGUCCUGUCCCCUUAGCAGAAAAACACCCCCAAAGCAUAAUGUUUCCACCUCCAUUUUUGACGGUGGGGAUGGUGUUCUUGGGGUCAUAGGCAGCAUUCCUCCUCCUCCAAACACGGCGAGUUGAGUUGAUGCCAAAGAGCUCCAUUUUGGUCUCAUCUGACCACAACACUUUCACCCAGUUCUCCUCUGAAUCAUUCAGAUGUUCAUUGGCAAACUUCAGACGGGCCUGUAUAUGUGCUUUCUUGAGCAGGGGGACCUUGCGGGUGCUACAGGAUUUCAGUCCUUCACGGCGUAGUGUGUUACCAAUUGUUUUCUUGGUGACUAUGGUCCCAGCUGCCUUGAGAUCAUUGACAAGAUCCUCCCGUGUAGUUCUGUGCUGAUUCCUCACCGUUCUCAUGAUCAUUGCAACUCCACGAGGUGAGAUCUUGCAUGGAGCCCCAGGCCGAGGGAGACUGACAGUUAUUUUGUGUUUCUUCCAUUUGCGAAUAAUCGCACCAACUACUGUCACCUUCUCACCAAGCUGUUUGCCGAUGGUUUUGUAGCCCAUUCCAGCCUUGUGUAGGUCUACAAUCUUGUCCCUGACAUCCUUGGAGAGCUCUUUGGUCUUGGCCAUGGUGGAGAGUUUGGAAUCUGAUUGAUUGAUUGAUUGAUUGCUUCUGUGGACAGGUGUCUUUUAUACAGGUAACAAGCUGAGAUUAGGAGCACUCCCUUUAAGAGUGUGCUCCUAAUCUUAGCUCAUUACCUGUAUAAAAGACACCUGGGAGCCAGAAAUCUUUCUGAUUGAGAGGGGGUCAAAUACUUAUUUCCCUCAUUUAAAAUGCAAAUCAGUUUAUAACAUUUUUGACAUGCGUUUUUCUGGAUUGUUGUGUUGUUAUUCUGUCUCUCACUGUUCAAAUAAACCUACCAUUAAAAUUAUAGACUGAUAAUUUCUUUGUCAGUGGGCAAACGUACAAAAUCAGCAGGGGAUCAAAUACUUUUUUCCCUCACUGUAUCAAACAGACCAUGUCAUCCAACUACUGAAACCACACUAUGCUGCCAUCUCUGAAUAUAUCCUGAUGUACCUCAAGAACCAGGAAGUGAGAUUCCAACAGCUGAGUAUUGUUACUCUAUGCAACCUCAAGAAAGGUUGGUCAUGGUUUUGUAACAACACUUUUACCAGUCAUGCUGUCUAUGCCUAAAAUAACACAUUUCUGUGCUUAAUGUCAAUAACACUACUUUCUAGUUAUUUUGUCCUGAGAAACGUAAUAAACUGAAGUGCAUUAACGUAAGGGCAGGUACAUGAAGUUAUAGUCAACGGCUUGUUGUUGUGUUAUGCAAUGUAAUGCUAUGUUAUGCUAUGCUAUGUCAUGUUAUUCUUCAGACGGAGAGUUUUCAGUGGUGAUGAGUGGUGGUGUGCUGGAGGAGCAGCUGAAGAGGGUGCAUGCACAGACUGAGCAGACCAGGCAGUUACUGCAGAUGAUUCAGAUACCUCCAUCCUCCUGA